GUGGCCUAUGUAAUCACGAUACCGCUUUCCAGUCUUUCUAUAUUCAGUUUCUUCUUAUCAACCCAGCAUUGAUCGAAGCUCCAAUCAGUCCCGGCGUAGGCGGGAGAGGGUGUUUGAUCAAAAUCCCUUCUUUCGCAUUAAUUAAUUGGGGGGAGGCGCUGAAUUCUCUCAAGAAUGGAGGUCGAAACACAACAAGACCCGAUUAAUAACAUCGCUAAGAAACUAAAUAAGGAUAAGGCAAGAAAAAUCCUAAUCUUGCUUUUAAUCCCCCUUUUUUUUUGGCUAGCUUUUAUUAUUCGGUAGUGAUAUUCGUUUGGAGAUUGUGUUGAAUUUGGGUGUUGGGAGUUUUUCCGGUCGUUUUGGUUUGAUGAUCAGUGCGUAUCAUGACUUGGGGGCGAUCUUUGGGAACUUAUCUUCUGGGGUUUUCCUUUUAACUUUUUAUUUUUGAAGGAUUUUUGUUAAAUCGUUUUUCUUUUGAAUAUCAGUGCAUGAGGAUGAAUUUGUAGCAUUAGUUGUAGGAAGUUGCAUCGGAAGAUAGUGUGGAUUUGGGUAGUGUUGGGGGCUCAACUUCUGGAUCUGUUGGUGACAUGGUAAAUAGUUCUACUUCAGACUUGUCAUACCAUGAUGAUGGAAAUGAUGGAGAGGAUGCAAUGGAUGAUGAUAUUGAGGACACUGAUUAUGGUGAUGACAUUGAUGAUGAUGAUGAGUGCAUGUCUGAUAAUUCUGGUGAUGAUGAUUUUGAUUAUUUGAAAAUGCAAGCCCAAUUUGACAAUGUGGAUUUGCCUCCUGGAGUCGAGGCCUCAUUUUCUUGGCUUCAGCCAUCUGCCGUGAGUUCCAGUAGCACUACUUCGAAUGUGGCUGCACAAGUUAAUGUUACGACAUCUUCUGCAGAUGGUGGGACCUCUGCUCCUGUAAAUCCACAUCCCUCCAAAGAAAAGUUUGAAAUUGCUUCUUCAAGUAGUUCACUGGCAAAUGUGGAAUCAAGAUCACAUGAGAAAGAUGAAAGUGAAGAUGAAAUUUUAAAGAAGUACAAAGCUUUUAAAGCCUUUGAUAUUGUUGAAGAUUAUUCUGACCAUAUCUACAACAAGAACGCGGAGGUUGUUGGACAGCCAGCAAAAGCUUGGACAAAGAAAGUCCAGGAUGAGUGGAGAAUUUUAGAAAAGGAUUUACCUGACACAAUUUUUGUAAGAGCUUAUGAAGCAAGGAUGGAUCUUAUGAGGGCCGUAAUUGUAGGGCCACAGGGCACUCCAUACCAUGAUGGCCUUUUUGUCUUUGAUAUCUACUUUCCUCCAAAGUAUCCAGAAAUACCUCCAAUUGUACACUACUACUCUGGUGGCUUGAGAAUCAACCCUAACUUGUAUGAAAGUGGAAAAGUUUGUCUGAGCCUUCUUAACACAUGGAACGGUGAAGGAAGUGAGAAAUGGUUGCCGGGGAACUCGACUAUGCUGCAAGUGCUGGUGUCGAUACAAGCUUUAAUCCUUAAUGCAACCCCAUUCUAUAAUGAGCCUGGUUAUGAACGGUAUACUGGCCCUGAAGGAGAGAGGAGAUGUAAUGAAUACAGUGAGAAUGUAUUCAUAAUGUCAUUGAAAACAAUGAUGUAUACCCUGAGGAGGCCUCCCAAGCAUUUUGAAGACCUGGUAGCUGGUCAUUUUCGUGUCCAUGCAUAUGACAUUCUGGAAUCCUGCAAAGCUUAUAUGGAAGGUGCUCAAGUAGGUUCACUGGUGAAAGGAAAACCACUGGACGGCAAAAUAUUUAAAAAGAUGACACCAUCACCGACCUUCAAAGCGGAUGUCGCCAAAAUGGUGAACGGACUGAUUUCUAACUUUACUAGGUAUGGUGCGAGGGAUUGUGAAAAGUUCCGCUGUGCGCAGUGACUGUUUUUUCAUUGGCACAGAGAUAGUUUAAGAAUGUUCGCGUCCUUUGCGACUUGGAGUUGAUGCUUACUUUGCAGCAAAGAUGUUAACCUACAAAGCCAGACGUAAUGGGAUCGUUGGUGCUGUUAGUUCCUUCGUAAUUAGAAUAAUAAACCUAUGGAAGCACUCCUUGUUUAUAUUAAUUACCUUUUAGAAUAAUUAUAAUGCUUUUUUUUUUAUUUUUUUUUAUACUUUUCGAUCACUUCUCUAGUUCAGUACUUAGCUUCGAUUUUCCGACCAUUUGUGGGAAGUAUAGAAAUUGCGAUUACUUUCUUUCAAUAAAAUGGUCUACACUUUUGGGAAAAAGCUUAUUUUGACUGAAUGAAGUGAUUAGCAAUUUCUA